AUGAGAUCACUAGGACAAAACCCAACAGAAGCAGAGCUACAAGAUAUGAUUAACGAAGUUGAUGCUGAUGGUAACGGAACCAUAGACUUCCCUGAGUUUCUCAACCUUAUGGCUAGGAAGAUGAAAGACACUGACUCUGAGGAAGAGCUCAAAGAAGCUUUCAGGGUUUUCGAUAAGGACCAGAACGGUUUCAUCUCCGCUGCUGAGUUGAGACAUGUUAUGACUAACCUUGGUGAGAAGCUUACUGAUGAGGAAGUCGAUGAGAUGAUCAAAGAAGCUGAUGUUGAUGGAGAUGGUCAGAUCAAUUA